GUAAAUAUAUAAUAUGUACGCAUGUGCAUUUUGCCGCGCAUGACUCCAAACACUUACCAAUGUGGUGUCUCAAUAUAAAGAGAUGUUUUCAUUCCUCGUUAAGUUUGAUGAAGAAGCUGAAGGGGAAAACUCCAGCGGAGCAGCGCUGGAUGAUACGGCAGCUAAAAGAUCCGUAUGUCAAAGCCUCUCAAGCACAACACUUUCGAUGUAGAAGCGCAUUCAAGUUGCUGGAGAUGGAUGACAAGUUCAGGCUCUUACAGCCUGGGUGCAGUGUGGUGGACUGCGGAGCUGCUCCUGGAGCCUGGAGCCAGGUGGCCGUCCAGAGGGUCAACUCUGCAGGGACAGACCCAGAGCUACCACGUGGCACAGUUAUUGGCAUCGAUCUGCUGAACAUAGUACCUCUGGAUGGUGCUCUCUUCCUCCCCAGUCAUGAUGUCACCCACCCCACCACGCAUGCCAAGCUGCAGGAGCUGCUCCCCUGCGGCCAGGCUCAUGUCAUCCUGAGUGACAUGGCGCCCAAUGCCAGUGGCUUCAGGGACAUGGACCAUGAGCGACUCAUAACAAUGUGUUUGUCUUUGAUAGAACUGGCUGAGAAGAUUUUACACCCUCAGGGUUCUCUUGUUUGUAAAUACUGGGAUGGGAUUCUCGCACACCAACUCCAGAAGAAACUCUCUAGUAUGUUCAGUAAUGUUCGGACCGUAAAGCCAGAUUCCAGCAGAAAGGAUUCGGCUGAGAGAUAUUUCCUCGCCAGAAUGUACAGGAAGCCAGAGAAGUGAUGUUUUUUUUUUGUCUUUUAUUUAUCUGACGUUUACUGAAGGGUUCACUGUGUUUAUGAUCAGUGACUUGUCUGAACUUAAAGAAGCUCAUAGCUGUUAUCAAAAGGUGGCACUGUUGAGGCGUCAGUGAGGUUCACUGCUGCAGGCACAGAUGCAGACACAUUUAAGGCUGUGGUGCUGUUGCUUUUCUCUGCAAACAGCAGCAGCAUUGAAUCAGUAAAACGUAAACCUUUGCAAGAACCAGUGAGAUAUUCCUCAAGAACCCAGUGCUCACUAAAGUUGUUUGCCCCAAGUGUUUGUUUCACACACUUGGUUUGAUAUUUGCUUUGUUACAGAAAGUCAUUUACUUGUGCCAAUGCUAAUAAUUUACACUUCCAGUCAUGCAUACGCAGUCAUUCUCUGAGGGAAAAGAAGAACUUAGACAUGCAAGUGUUGCACAUGAAUUUUGAUUAAUGGAAAUUGGAAUGAUGCUAAACCUUGUGUGUUGGAGGUGUCUAAUACUGGAGAAUAUUGAAUCACAUACCUUUUUAAUCGUAUUUUUCAUGUUGUAUUAGAACAACUAAUAAUAAAAAGAUAUUUUAUUAACAUAUUUUGUUUGGCAGAAAUCUGAAUAUCUAUAAGACUCACAGUUAAGACAUGCAUGAACAAUUCCUACCUUGUCAUGUUUGUUUUUAUACUUGGUCCUAUAAAACCUCCUCAUUUAUUCUUUGUAGUUCAUCGCGUCUCAUACAUGCACACAUCACUGUUAUUUGACCAACAUUUUUAGCAUAUAAACAGUAUUUACCAAAACCCUUAAGGCAUAUUUUGUUUCUUUAUAUUUUGCUUCCAAGCACUCAGACUUUCUUCUAAUAUUUUGAAGUUGUCUUAAGCAGUAGUUCUCCAGGCUUCCUGAAGGUAUUUCAAAGUUUAUAUAUAUUGACUGCUUGUCUUGUACCUGAUUAUUUUUAGAAAAGUGUUUUUUCCUUCUAUGUUAAGCAACUUAACACUGACCUACUGUAAGAAUCAUUCAAGAAUAAAAAGGCACCUAACAUAAGGAUUAACCAGUGUGCUAACAGACAACUCAGCAAAGAACCAGUUUUAAAUAGUAUCAAUAUGCACUUUGUUACUAGCAGCUUGUUGCAAAGACAGUAAAAUAACAAACCUAAAACCAGAAGAUAAACAGCAUCUGAAGAGAUGUUCAGGAGAAAAUCAAGUAAAGACCAGACACAGGACCCGAGAGCCCGAUUGGUGUGGGACAUGGUCACUUUAAAUGCUUCAAUAGAUGAACUGGACUGUUCAAGAACCAACGAAAGAAGUUCAGUUAUCUUCAGUUUAAACACUUGUGAUUUUUAGUGAUGUAAUUUCCUUGCUCCACCACAUCUGAUUAAAAUCAGUGGACCUUCUUGAUAGGUUGUCAGUACUUUGCAAGCCUGAUAACUAGCAUUUACUUUUAACCAGGUGUUGAAGCAGGGAAAAAUCUAAAACAUGCAGGGAAAUGAGUCCAGAGGACCACAACUGGAAAACACUGAAAUAGUGAAACAAAGAGAAAGAUGUAGGGUUCGAUCUGCAGAGUUAUUAAGUGAAAUGAUCAUCACAGCUGCUCUAAAAUGAGUAUAGGUAAUGGUAUCAUUAGAGCCUUCAUUUCUACAUCACUUUGAGGCUAUAGUAAUGGACAAAUCAGUGAGUCUUGCAAGCUACAAACACCCUUAGUUCUGAAAGAAAAUCCCAUUUAUUUAUUUAUUUGUUAAAAAAUUCUGGCUAGAGACAAAACCAAACGUGGAGCGCUGCAGCAGCACAGCAGGCUCUUUAACGUUUGGGAACCAAUGCAAAGUUGACCACGUAGCGGCUAGAAGAGCUUUCCACUAAAAGAAGGAAAAUAAUUUGCAUUCAGUGGAGGAAAAUGUUAAAUUCUACCUUCUCCUGACUGCACAGGAGAGUUUCACAUGUACUAAUAUGCAUAGCCUAGCUGGUACAACAUAAAACAGAAAACUAUGAGUAAUAUUCAAGGAGGGUGAUCUCUGAUGCUAGUACAUUAUAUAUUAGUUGUUUCCUGCUGUAUUAAUGUUUAAACUAUUUUGUAUUUAACCUUUAAUAAGUUUAUUGUCAACUGCAACAUUUAAAUAUAGUUUUUUAGUAUAUUUAGCAUUUAUAUUUAGUAUUUAAACUAAGAUAUUCAGAACUUUUCAGUGAAAAGCUCCAAAUACUCCAAAGAUUGAUCUAAAUACCAAGAACUGUGU